GCCCCCCCCCCCCCCCGGCUCGUCGGCCCUCUUCUGCCCCUUUCCCUUCUCCGGCGCUUCCUCCCGGCUCGCCGGCACUCUUCUUCCCCUUCCCCUUGCGGCGUCGCGUCCUCCCUGCUCCCAGGCCUGUUUGCCCCGCCUCGCACCAUUGUCAGACCCUCUCUACCUCCACCGAAGCGAAGCAACGCCACUGCCUCUGAGGAGUUUUUCUCCCGUGGCCCCCCUCCUCCGCUUCAUAUCUAUUGGACUGGAGUGUACUUGGAUCGAUUUCUUCUUUUGUUGGUUGUGGAGUCAGCAAAAGUUUACCCUAACUUGCUGGCAGCUCCUGCUGAGAACCAGGAUAAUUUGGUGGCCCGGGCAUGUCGGCAGAGAGAGGUGAUCCGAACUUCUCUGGCAAUAGGCCUCUGUUCCUGAGCGCUGGGGGUCCCAACUUAGGCUGCCAAAAUCUUGCUGGUACAGUCGCAGCAGGCGACAGCAGCCCGAUCACCUCGCCGACCUUAUCCUCUGCAUGCUCCACGUCUGUCCUGAAUACCAUGCACGAGAGUUUUGCUCCACAAGCUGCUUUGUCGAGUCCGAUGAGCCUCGCAGCUGAACACGCUGGCCCCUCCAUCCAGCCAUCCUGGAAUGUGCCUGCGGGAUGCACGCAGGUGCCUAUUAGUAUCUUAGUGUUCCAUAGGCGGCUGACGGGAAGGGGGUCGAGGCCGCAGAUGCCACUAUCCAAUAGUUGCAUGCCAGCCCCUGCCCUGCCUGGUGUUUCAGAGGAUUCUGAAGAAGGAGCUUCUAUUCAGCUUGCUGGGAGUAAUUUCUUGUUACAUGGAAGAACAUCGAACAUAGUUGCAGGUAAUAUGGCAAUGGAUCCUUCACAACAAGCCACUCCAGAUAAAUACAAGUCUGAGCAUGGACCUAUACAUCUUCGGCUGAAUGGUUUAGAUGAUGAAACAUCCAAGACUGGAAAUGUAACAGAAGCUAGCCGACUGCAAGGAUUAGCGACAAUUGAUUUUUGUGACAGCCGCAGUUAUUUGGACUCAGUAAUUCCUGCAAAUACCUUGGAAACACUGGUUCGGCAGUCUCAAGAAUCAACUGCCCCUCUUGCUGAAGGAUCCAGUGAUGACAACAUGCAUAUGUAUCAGCCGAUGCAAAAAAGGUCCAAGACACAAAUAAAUCAGAUUGAGCACACACCUUUGUCAACACCAGCUGUACUCAGGGAGAAAACACUAACUGAGAUAGAGAUGCAGAUUGCGGCUGCUGAGAAAACUGAAACAUUCAUGAAUGAGGAAACCCCAGCACGAAAACUGAAGACUCGGAGGAAAAAGCAUAGACCAAAGGUAAUCCGAGAGGACAGGCAAAACAAAGUGCAAAAAUCUGUACAUUCAACAACAGAUGGAAAAUCUCCGAAUCAGAAAGUCAAGAGAAGUUAUGUCCGGAAGAAAAGAAAUCUCAGCUCUCUGGAGAAGUGUUCUGGGCCUUUUAGUGAUCAAUCAAUCUCUGGAGGAUCAGAAAUUGCUGAUAGAAGCAGAAGUGCAUCAGUUCGAAGAAGUCUGCGAUUCGAAUCCGAGGAACAAGGAAUACAGGGAGACCAUUCAUCGACAGCCAACUCACACUGCCACAACUAUGAGAAACCUGUUCAUGGCCAAAAUUCUUUCUGCUCAGUGACUGAAUCAGAAGUGCAGAUUGGACAUGGACUGCAAGUAGAUAUGGAAAAUUCACCUGGAGGAUUAGCUUUUGGCAUGAGUCUCAAACUGAACAAAUUGUUAGAUGAGUACAUACACUUGCCAGAGGUCACACCAAAACCUACACAAGAAGUUUCAAAUGCAACUUCUGGCUCUUUUAGUUGCGAACGAGCAAGGGAACAGGAUAAUGUGGGAAGAACUCGCGAACCUGAUACCACAAGUAACCCCGGAUUGUGUAUCGAAGAAAGGGCGGGGAUGACCGUUAUAGAAGGGAACAAAAAAGAAUUGGAAUUAAACUGUUCUACAGAUGGUUUUGUUUGCUCAGCUAGGUAUUUACCUGAAAUGGACUCCACAAGAAGUCAGAUUAGUGAAGUGUCGACAGUGGAGAACCAUAGACACCUUAACGAUGGUGAGUCGUCCCUAACUGCUACACGGGACUCAAUAAUCUUGAGUACGGCAGUUGAGAUGGUAGCAUUUUGCCAAGCUGGUGGGAUUAAAAAGAAGAGAUCGGCCCGAAUCCGCAGAAAUUCCUUCGUUUCUAUUACGGAUCUUGAGAAAAACACUUUACAAGCAUCAACAAGACUGCCACCGGCAUGCACGGAUGCUCUGUAUGAAAGUUCAUACAUUAAGUUUAUGACCAAGAAACGUUCACAAAAGGCAUGGCCGCACUGUCCCAAUUCCAUUCAACCAAAUAUGGAGCUGAAAAACAGGCUAUCAGCUGGAAGCAUAUUUUAUGGUGAAUCUAAUGGAUCAAAAAUAUCAGAAGAGGCUUUUCAAAAAUCUUCACCACAGACCAUGGACAAUAAAAGAAUCAACCUUGAUAUUCAUUGCAAAGUACCGGAAGGGAGCUCAGCAAAUACAUCAACAGUACCAUAUAUGGAUUACCUUCAAGUAGUUGCAUCAAAGCUGAAACAUCUUGAUUUGAACACUGAGCAGGUGCAAACUGAGAUGCAUUUAUCUCAGACCACACCUGCUGUUAUUUCUUUUGGAGGAACAGAUUGUCUAUCAAAUGCUCUUGUCCCAUAUGGUGGUAGGGUGGUGGUUCCUUACGAGAGACCCUUGCAGUUAGUCAAAAGGCAGCGCCCUCGAGCUAAGGUUGACUUGGAUUUCGAGACAACAAGAGUUUGGAACCUUUUGAUGGGGAAAGCAGCUGAGCCUGUAGAUGGGAAUGAUGUUGAGAAGGAGAGAUGGUGGCAGCAAGAAAGAGAAGUUUUUCAAGGUCGUGCUAAUUCAUUUAUAGCACGCAUGCGACUUGUUCAAGGAGACAGGCGCUUUUCUCCUUGGAAAGGAUCUGUAGUUGACUCAGUGGUAGGAGUCUUUCUCACUCAGAACGUAGCUGAUCAUCUUUCAAGCUCUGCCUAUAUGACCCUUGCUUCAAGUUUUCCGUCACGGUCAGUCAAUAGCAAUUGUAAGGAUGAUACUACCACCCAAGACAAUGAACAAACCAUCAGCACGAGUGCACUAGGAGAAAAAAGUAUGUUUGACCUUUUUCAUGAUGGUGCCAGACCUGAUCUAGGAGUGAGUUGUGAGGAGCUAUCAAUGGUCUAUGAGAAGAUACACAUGGAACCAAAGGACAAAUCAGCAAAUGCAAGUGUUUGCAAUCACCAAGGGACUGGAAUAGAACAUAAAGCACAGCAAUUUCCAGAUUUCUCCUCGGUAGAAUUAGCUGCGUCUACAGGAGUCCUGCAACAGAUACAAUUCCAGAACGAGAUUUCAGCUUCUCAAAGUGUAAUUUCAGAAAAUCUUCAAUCAAGAUUAUCUUUGAGUUCUGGGAUACCUAGAAAUUUUGUUGUUGGUGAUUCUGCUGCAGCUUAUCAGCAGCUGGAAAGCAAUAUUGGUCAUGGAAAACCAUUAACCGGAAAUGGCGCCACAACCAGUGAGCAAUUUCCAGAUUUCUCCUCGGUAGAAUUAGCUGCGUCUACAGGAGUCCUGCAACAGAUACAAUUCCAGAACGAGAUUUCAGCCUCUCAAAGUGUAAUUUCAGAAAAUCUUCAAUCAAGAUUAUCUUUGAGUUCUGGGAUACCUAGAAAUUUUGUUGUUGGUGAUUCUGCUGCAGCUUAUCAGCAGCUGGAAAGCAAUAUUGGUCAUGGAAAACCAUUAACAGGAAAUGGCGCCACAACCAGUGAAAUUGAAUGCCAGAGUCUCAAAACAGCAGCAAUAAAUGAUGAUGGUAUCGGUAAACCUGGGAUUCCUUCUAGUUUCACAAUGCCAUUUAUCUCGAUCGUUGAUCCUCAGCAAUUGCAUUUGAGAAAUGGGCCAAAUGUUUCUUCGACAUCUCCCCGCAGUUCUUCAGGUUCUGCAUCACCGAACUUAAAAGAUGGCACAAUCGAGAAGAAAAAUCCUGAUUUCAUGCCAUUUGAUUCUCAUGUGGCAGAAAUGAAUGGUAAUAAGACUUCUGGCGCCACUCUGAACUCUCCAAAAAAAAGCACAGAGCUUCCUGUAAAGUUACACCAUGACAAAAGGACUACUUUCGAAGCAUCAGACUUGCAGGAGCAUGAAUCACUCUUUGUCACUGGUGAAAUGACAGCAGAAGCAACAAGAAAACAAGAUGAAUGUACUUUGAAAUCUGGUUUUACUUCCUAUAAUGGAGUACCAGAUACAGCAGCACAAGCAUCAAGGCCAAAGAAAAGAAGAACCACGAGUAAAAAGAAUACUGAGAAUUUUGACUGGGAUACAUUGCGAAGAUGGUCUUGUUGUGAAGGCAACAUGAAAGAAAGAAGUUUUGAAAGAAAAGACUCUGUAGAUUGGGAAGCAGUAAGGUGCGCAGACGUGCAAAGAAUUUCUCAUGCCAUUCGGGAAAGGGGAAUGAAUAAUGUUCUAGCAGAGCGAAUCCAGAGUUUCCUGAACCGUUUGGUCAGAGAUCAUGGGAGCAUUGAUCUUGAGUGGUUAAGAGAUAUUCCCCCAGACUCAGCAAAGGAUUACCUGCUAAGUAUACGUGGACUGGGGCUUAAAAGUGUUGAGUGUGUUCGUCUUCUCACACUACAUCAUCUUGCCUUCCCAGUUGACACUAAUGUUGGCCGCAUAUGUGUAAGACUGGGAUGGGUGCCCAUUCAACCCCUUCCUGAAUCUCUACAGUUACAUCUCCUGGAGCUAUAUCCUGUCUUGGAGACUAUACAAAAGUACCUCUGGCCUCGUCUGUGUAAACUUGAUCAACAAACACUGUAUGAGCUACAUUAUCAAAUGAUUACUUUUGGAAAGGUCUUUUGUACGAAAAGCAAGCCAAAUUGCAAUGCAUGCCCGAUGAGGAGUGAGUGCAAGCAUUUUGCAAGUGCCUUUGCAAAUGCAAGGCUUGCACUUCCUGCUCCUCAGGAGAAAUGCUUAGUGAAGUCAAGCAACCAAUUUGCUUUCCCAAAUAGCAGCAUGCACAAUCCGAAUUCAACUGAUCUGCCUCGCCUUGAGGGGAGUAUCCAUGCAAGGGAUUUUCUUCCUAUGAACUCAGAGCCAAUAAUCGAGGAGCCAGCAAGUCCAAGAGAGGAAGAAUGUCCAGAAACAAUGGGAAAUGAUAUUGAAGAUUUUUAUGAAGACGGUGAAAUCCCAACAAUAAGGCUUAACAUGGAAGCUUUUGCACAGAACUUGGAAAAUUGCAUUAAAGAAAGCAAUACGGAACUCCAUUCUGAUGAUAUUGCAAAAGCAUUGGUUGCUAUUAGCACUGAAGCAGCUUCAAUUCCUGUACCUAAACUAAAGAAUGUGCAUAGGCUUCGAACAGAACACUAUGUAUACGAACUUCCAGAUUCACAUCCUCUUAUACAGCAGCUAGGACUUGACCAACGGGAACCUGAUGAUCCAAGUCCGUACUUAUUGGCCAUAUGGACACCAGGUGAAAUAAAGGAAAUAAGCAAGGCACCAAAACCAUGCUGUGACUUUCAAAUGGAAAGCGGCUUAUGCAAUAAUGAGAUGUGUCACAAUUGUAUUGCGGAACAAGAAAACCAAUCUAGAUAUGUCAGAGGCACAAUCCUGGUUCCUUGUCGAACAGCUAUGAGGGGCAGCUUCCCACUUAAUGGCACCUAUUUUCAAGUUAAUGAGGUAUUUGCUGACCACGAAUCCAGCCACAACCCCAUACAUGUCGAAAGGAAGCAGUUAUGGAACUUACAAAGGCGCAUGGUCUUCUUUGGGACUUCAGUACCUACCAUAUUCAAAGGUCUAACAACAGAAGAAAUACAACAGUGCUUCUGGAGAGGGUUUGUCUGCGUGCGAGGAUUCGACAUGGAAACUAGGGCACCAAGGCCUCUGUGCCCCCAUUUGCACGUUGUAGCAAGGCCAAGAUCCCGCAAGACAGCAGCAACUGAGCAAGUCCUUUGAUUCAACAAAGAUAUCAAUUUUUAUAAACAUUAUGUUUAUGGUGAUAUCAUAAGCUCUCGAUCUGCGAAUGGGUCAUAUUAUUUCCUGCCGUACGAGAGCCAUUCUUAGAGGCAAUAAACCAUGAAGUUGGAAACUGUUAAUUCUCAUAUGUGAGAACUAAUUAGGCAUAAGAAAGGACCAAAUUGUUUUCGUAUGCACCGCUGGUGCGAGUUAUAUGUAAAUCAUCAUCUA